UCGCAAGAUCCUUAAUCGAUAAGAUUACCUCAGUGGUAGUCCAGUUUAUUGCUCAUUUCAGUCUUUACAUUGUUAAAAACUCUCAAAGAAGGUUCCAUCACAAUGGACACCUCGAACCCCUCAAUGACAUCUCCCUCGCUGGCCCAGAUGAACAACAUGCGUUCCAGCACCACGGUCACCAUGUCAAGUUUGAGCUGCUCUCCGUUGCCAUCUUCUUCGCCUUAUCCGCAGAAUGAAAAAGGCGGGCGGAAACCGAAAUGUGCGCGCUGUCGGAACCACGGCAUGAUCAGCUGGCUGAAGGGACACAAGCGCCACUGUAAAUUCAAGGACUGUACGUGUGUCAGAUGCAACCUAAUUGCUGAGAGACAAAGAGUCAUGGCAGCUCAGGUCGCGCUGAAGCGGCAGCAGGCGGCCGAGGACGCGUUAGCGUUGACGUUCCGCGUCGCGGCCACGGGCUCCUCGUACAACUUCCUACCGCCCGGACCCAUAUUCGGGCUGCCCGUCACCGAGCCCAGCCAACAUACAGAGAUUGACAAGGAAGCGCCGGUGGAGGUAUUGGACUGUAGCCACAGUUCUGGCAGCUCUGAGAACUCUGCAAUGGCUAACCAAGAACCGCCAACUCCAUCUGAAGGCGACCUCGACAACCCUCAGUUAUGCAGCGCUAAUGACCUCGUCUCUCCUGAGGGUAAUUCAUCGACAACUGUUUCCCGGAGUGAUGUUUUCAACUCAAAAACCAACAUAUCACCGCCAAGUGUUUCGGAAACUGGAAAAACAGAAGAAACUUUGUUUGACGCCCGCACUUGUACAGCCGGAGUCACCGUAGCUAAACAGAGUUCUCUGCAGGAACGGGCGUACCUCGAAGAAGAGCCAGAAAAGAAAAAUGAUUUCCCCGGAGUCGAGGUUCUCUCAAAGAUUUUUCCUAAUGAGCGGCCUGGUGUUCUCAGCCUUGUGCUGGAGGGAUGCAAUGGUGAUCUGCUGCGAGCUGUUGAACACAUUUUAUCAGUUUCCGAUCAUUCAAAACGAGAUUCGAUGCGACCAUCAGUGAACCUUUCAUGUAGCGAUGCCCAAACACCAGCAGAAGUUACGUUCCCAUCACGACCUUCAUUGGGAGGUUUGAAAUCAGCAUUUUCUCCUCUGCCCUUCCACAACAUCUUACCACCAGGCUCGCAUCAACACCCAAUCUUCACAAGUCGACCUGCACUUCUGCAGGACCACAUCCUUCAUCGCAAUAUUUCUGCGCACUCGUCUCUGCUUCCUAUCAACGCUCACUACCCAUCGGUUAUUCCACCAAUGUUUCUACCUCCCUUAUCUUUAACCACCAGACCUUACGUGGAUAAUUCCAUCCCCGAGACACCACAAGCCCUCGACUACGCCGCGAGGUUCGAGUUUCUGUCAAGGUCUGAAUUUGGAAGAUUGCGGGGAGCGGUGCCGGAUGUUCGAUUGCAAUCACCGUCCGCUGAUGAUAGUGGAUGACCAAGUGAUCACUAAAUUUCUGUUGUAAAAAUCUCUGCUAUUCGUAUUUAUUAUCAUUAUUGUUAUUAUUUUUUGUGACCAUACUGCGUCACAGGAAGGUGUGUCGCUUAUGGU